GCCCCAAGGUAAUAUAAUAACCUUCUCACAAUCGUAUUGUAAGACGAAGAAAAACUAUAUAACCUUAGUUUUCUGUAUUUUGUACAGAAAAUUAAAUUGCGUGUACCAUGAACAAAAAACAAGGAAUAAUACGCAAACUGUCUUCUAUAAAAACUAAAUCUGAUGAAGACGUAACUAAAAACUAUCAACAAGGCAUCAAUUCAUCAAGCAUUACACCCACUAGAGAUUCAUUUGCCACUGAAGAUGAGGAUAGCCCAUAUUUUCCAUGUGUCACACAAGAAAUCAAACAUGAAGUUGAUGUCCUUUGGGACUGGAAUUCACCACAGUCCAAACAAAAAACAAAAAAACAUAAAAAAAGGCUAAAUAUGACAAACUCACAUCAGAUCUCCUUUAAAAGAUAUCCGUCAAAUAACCAACUUAAACAUGAUUUUGAUAAACUGAAAGAGGAUUUAACAGCACUAAAACAAGAACUGGCAGCUCCAGAUCAUGAGGAAAGUCUAAUUUUGUCUCCAAGGGAAGAAGCUGCCUAUAAAGAUGAAAUGACAAAUCUCAGUGCUAUUGAUAUUCUUAUUAAAAGUAACCAAACUUCUUGCAAUAGUGACCCAGAAGACAUUUUUAAUGACUCUUUGGAUGAACAAAUGAUCCAGUUUAGCCAGCAAGUUGAAAAUGAAUUAAUAAAAAUAAAUGACAAUUGUAAAACUAAGUAUCUUACUAUAGAUGAAAAAAUUAACAAAAUUUGUCAUGACAGUGACCCUAAAAGUUCUUCAAAUAAUUACCCCCACACUAAAGCAGUUCCUCCAAUUUCUCUCUUAUCUAAAGAGAAUAAUUUAAAAGCAGAGCCAUUUUCAAAUAAUGGUCUUGAACAACCCUCUUGUAAGGUAGCGAAUAGCGUAGUGCUCAAGAACAAAUCCGAAGAUGGAAUUUUUGAUGAUUCAUUUGAAGGGGUUGCUUCUCAAAUACCAAUUGAAGACCUUGACCUAUUAACUCAAGUAGUUGAUAUAGCCUCAUGUAGAGUAGCAAGUCAUAUCAAUAAAACUAAAACUGUAUUUCCCACAUCCCAAUCUGAAACUUUUUUCUCACGUAAUAGUACAAGUAAUAUUGCGGCGAGAAAAGUUGAGUUCUACAGAACACAAAGUUUUGAAAUUUGUAAUGGUAUUUUGUCGCAAGAUAAGUUAAAUGAGAUCCAGAAAAAAAGGAUGGAAGCUGAAGGAAAAUUAAAGACAAAAAAAUUUGAAGAGUGUUCUGAUUCUCCAAUAAAAUGUUCUCCAGAAGAAGUAGAGAAGAAAAGGUUGCAAGCUCUUGCCAUUAGAGAAUCAAAAAGGCAACAAGAAAUAAUUGAAAGAAAGAAGCAAGAAGCUUUGCACAGAUUGGCCCAAAGUCGUAAAAAAAAUGCUGUUAGUGUAAAAAGUUCCCUUACAAAAAGGUUGUGAAUCUAAGACUGAAAUUUGAGUUUAUAAUACCAUUUGGCUGUGGCAAUAGAACAAAUUUAUCAUCCCUACAGUUUUUUUGUGGUUCAGUAGAGUUUUCAUUGUGUUUCCAGAAUGAAAGCUAACAAA